GUCACAUCCUUCGUGCUCCCACCCAGCUUCUCCCCACUGCUACAAUGGCUAGCGCAUUCAAGCGUUGGAGCAAGCGCGUCGUGAAACACCCUGAAGAGACUGUCCCAAUUAUCUCGAGCACGGCUUGGGCACAAGGUCUCUUCGACCACCCCACAAACAAGUUCGGCGCCUAUGUCCUCAGCUUGUUCCCCAUUGUCCAGUGGUUACCUCGAUACAACUUUGGAUGGCUUUCCGGAGAUCUCAUUGCUGGUAUCACGGUCGGGAUGGUAGUCAUUCCCCAGGGUAUGUCAUAUGCACAGCUUGCUGGUUUGACCGCUGAGUACGGUCUAUACUCCUCGUUCGUUGGUGUGCUCUUUUACUGCUUCUUCGCCACGUCCAAGGAUGUGUCGAUCGGUCCUGUCGCGGUUAUGUCUAUCCUCGUUUCUCAAAUCAUCAAUCAUGUCGAAUCCCAACACCCUGGUGUGUGGACUGGACCAGACAUCGCCGCCGUUUUGGCUGUCAUUACUGGAUUCAUUACCUUGGGCAUGGGUCUUCUGAGGAUCGGUUGGCUCGUCGAGUUCAUUCCGGCACCGGCUGUCAGCGGUUUCAUGACUGGCUCUGCGUUCACAAUUGCUACCACUCAAAUCCCAGGCCUAAUGGGAAUCACUGGCUUCAGUACUCGUGAUCCCGCAUACCAGGUCAUCAUCAAUACCUUGAAGAAUCUCGGUGGUACCAAGCUCGAUGCUGCAUGGGGCAUCACUGGUCUAGUCUCACUCUACGCCAUCCGCUACUUCUGCAUCUGGGGGACCAAGCGAUAUCCCGCACGCGCCCGCUGGUUCUUCUUCAUGAGCGUUAUGCGGAAUGCCUUCGUUAUCAUUGUCUUGACUUUGGCGUCGUUCCUUUACAACCGCAAGAGAUUGGACCCUGAGACUGGCAAAUAUCCCAUCAGGAUCCUGCUCACCGUCCCUUCGGGUUUCAAGCACGUCCGCCCCCCUCCCAUCUCUACCUCCCUUCUAUCUGCCCUUGGUCCCAAAAUUCCCGUGGCCACGAUCAUCUUGCUUCUGGAGCACAUCGCCAUUGCCAAGUCUUUCGGACGACUGAACGGAUACAAGAUCAACCCUGCUCAGGAACUGAUUGCCAUUGGCGUGACCAAUACAGUUGGUUCCGUCUUUGGUGCAUACCCCGCCACUGGAUCAUUCUCCCGCUCUGCACUUAAGUCGAAGUGUGGUGUCCGAACUCCUGCUGCCGGUGUUGUGACGGCCGUCGUUGUUAUUGUCGCUCUGUAUGGCUUGACCGAUGCUUUCUUCUGGAUUCCUAUGGCUGGUCUUUCUGCCGUCAUUAUCCACGCCGUCGCCGAUCUCAUGGCUUCCCCCGAUCAGGUUUACUCCUACUGGCGCAUUUCCCCACUCGAAUUCCUCAUCUGGGCCGCUGCAGUCCUUAUCACCGUCUUCUCUUCCAUCGAGAACGGCAUCUACACUUCUGUCGUCGCUUCGUUGGUUCUUCUCCUCGUCCGCCUGGCCCAUCCCCGAGAUAGCUUCCUUGGCAAGGUCACCAUCCACCAAGGAGAGAACGGAAAGGGUGAAAGCCGAGAUGUGUACCUCCCUCUCACCAAGAACGGUAUUACCAACCCUCAUGUCAAGGUCACUCCCCCGGCAGAGGGUGUCAUCAUCUACCGCUUUGAGGAGAGCUACCUCUAUCCUAACAGCUCUAUCCCCAACUCUGCUCUUGUCGAUGAGGUUAAGACCAAAUACAGGCGUGGCCAAGAUAUGACGAAUGUCAAACCCAGCGAUCGUCCCUGGAAUGACUAUGGAAAGAGGCGUUCUGGUGCCGAAGACCAAGCCCUCAACUUGCAGAAGCCCGUCCUUCACGCCAUCGUUCUGGACUUCUCGUCAGUUUCCCACAUCGAUACCACAUCGGUUCAAGCUCUCAUUGAUGCUCGCCGAGAGAUUGAGAAAUGGGCUGACCAUCCCGUGGAAUUUCACUUUGCUCCUAUCCUUUCACCAUGGAUUCAUCGCGCCCUCGUCGCGGGUGGCUUCGGUAUCGGAAACUCGCAUUCCAGCAUUCCCUUCGAUCUCGCCGCAGUCGUGCCUUAUCGCGAUGGAACCAGCUUUGACGAAGUUACCAAGGGGCCCCCAUCCGACAUCGAAUCUGGCGGGGACACCAAGGAGCCAGCCUCUCCCAAGGAAAGCGAGAGUGUGCUUGAGCCCGUCGUCCCUACGAACACUCCCUUCUUCCACAUCGAUUUGGCUUCUGCAGUUAAAGCUGCUGAGAGUGGUGUCGAACGGGUACACGACAAAAACUAA